UUUAUCUAUUUAUUUUGAUUAUACACCUGAAGCCGCCGCAUUCGCUGUUGUACAAACCAAACGUGGCAAAAGAACAAAGAAGAUUGCUCUGCAAUGAGUUCUGACGGUCGGCGCCGUCAGUAGAAUUGCAAGAUUCGUUUCAACCUCACGCACAAAAUGGGACAGGAGGGACCGAAGAAUUCCCUCCUGUCAAGUUACAUCCACAUCGCCCUUGUCGUUGCCGCUUACUGGGUUGUUUCCAUUCUGACCGUUUUCGUCAACAAGGCCUUGCUCAGCAGCAAAACUGUCGACUUGGACGCACCGUUGUUCGUCACUUGGUACCAAUGCGUUGUGUCCACGACCAUCUGUUUUGUCCUCAGCAGUCUGUCAAAGAUUUUCCCGCAACACAUCAAGUUUCCAGAUGGGUCACCGAUGGACACUUCCGUCAUGUGGAAGAUGAUUCCACUUUCGAUUCUAUUUACGGCAAUGAUAGCUUUUAACAAUUUAUGCCUGAAGUACGUCGGUGUUGCUUUUUAUUACAUCGGUCGUUCGCUCACAACCGUCUUUAACGUCAUCCUCACUUAUCUUGUUUUGGGUCAAAAAACCUCUACGAAUGCGGUGUUGUGUUGUUUGGUCAUCGUCAUGGGCUUCUGGCUUGGCGUCGACCAAGAAAAUGUUGUUGGCUCACUGUCUGUGAUCGGAACCGUGUUCGGUGUCCUCGGCUCACUGUCACUGUCCAUGUACUCGAUCCACACAAAACGGGUGCUGCCUUUCGUCCGCCAAGAGAUAUGGCUGCUCUCUUACUACAACAACUUCUACUCUUGCUUUCUUUUUCUGCCUCUGAUCGCCAUGAAUGGAGAAAUCAAGGAAAUCAUCAACUACCCAAACCUCUUCAGUCCAUUCUUUUGGUUCCUAAUGACGAUUGGCGGGCUGUGCGGCUUUGCCAUUGGCUACGUCACUGCCCUUCAAAUUAAGGUGACUUCACCUUUGACCCACAACAUUUCCGGCACUGCAAAAGCCUGUGCGCAGACAGUGCUGGCCACCUACUGGUUCCAAGAAACCAAACCCUUCCUUUGGUGGGCUUCCAACUAUGUGGUCCUCUUUGGCAGCGGAUCCUACGCCAGAGUCAAACAAAAGGAGAUGGAGGAUCAUCACAAGAACAGUCUGCUGAAGAACGAGACGAACGUCUGAUCUCUCGUGAAGAGAAGUCAAAACUUGCCUCAUAUUUCUUGACGCCAGUUUUCAGUCAUUCCAAAGACUAUAAGUUAAAUAAUUAUUUGUACGAUGGAAAUUUUAACCAAAUUUUGAAAAUUUCAACCGGUUGAUUCACCAAUAUUUUUCAUUUAUAUAGACAAAAUUUAUUAUUAUUGAGCAUUGUUGAUUUGUUUGUGUUUUAUUAUGCAAUCAGAGUUUGAUAUAUUUUCUCCACAUUGUAAAUUAAUAAAUGUCAGGCGCUGCUUGAUGUAUUGCAAAAUGCAAA